AUGCAAACUGCAGUCGAGUUCUCCCCGAAGCCAACGGCGUCAGAACAAACUUUUCCAUGCCACAUCGUGCCGUGCCGUGUCGCAGUUGAGAAAGAUAUGUGGUAUUUCGUGGCGGAGGUUUGUGCGAGGAUUGGGGUUGUGGAAAGGAAGAGAAGAGGCUCUCUCUACGGUGCAAGUGAGCUAGCCUUGCCAAGACCCCCGUGCGAUGUGUUGUCUCUUUCUGCUACUGCAGACCCCCACAGCGCAGGGCCCAGGGUCCAGGCAACAACAUUUCUCACCGCGAACAUGCGUAUCCGAGCAGCGAUGCUAGUUAACCACCUCUGGAAGAAUAUUCCUAAAAGAAAUUCUUAG